AUGGCGGCGACGAGCUGUUCCAUGGCACGGCGGCCGCGCACCGUCCGGACGACGAGGUGCGACGGGCGGGGGCAGUUGAUCGCGCCCGACGGGUACGGGUACUGCGAGGAGGCGUCGCGCAUGUGCGCGGGCGACGGAGGCGCGGACUGCGAGAGCGAGAGCUUGGACUUGGCGACGUCGUCGAGCUCCUCCUCGGGCAGCGAGGACGCCCCGCUGAGCUUCUUGACGAUGCAUCCGACGCGGCCGCGCGGCGAGCCGGUGUCGGAGUCGGAGGCGGAGGCCGGGUCGGCGGCGGUGCCGGGGCGCGGCGUGGCGGGGCCGACGGCCUCGAUCUCGCGCCAGCGCUGGAUGAGCGACGAGGCCCGGGGCCCCGCGGGCGGGAGCUCGGAGGGCGCGCUAGCGGCGGCGAAGGAGGGUGCCGUGGAGGAGGCGUCGGAGGGCGCCGGGGACGGCUCCCGGAAGACGGCGGCGCGCGCGGCGACGGGGCGCGUGGCGGACGCGAGCUCGGACAGCUCGGCGUCCCUGGCGCGGCGGCGCUGGUCGGCGGGCUCCGGCGCGGCGCUGGCCGUGACGGCGGCGGCGGCCGCCGCCCAGCGGUCCAGGAUUUGGCGGCGGCGCCUGGGCGUGGGCUCGCUGGCGGAGGAGGAUGCGGAGCCCGCGGCGGCGGCGUCGGGGGAGGAGACGAGGAUGUUGAAGAAGCCCCUGGACGGGGUGGGGCGGGAGGGGUCCCUCCAUGAGGAGGACUCGUGGGGCAUGGCGGCCACCGAAGAGGCCAUGGCCGUGGGAAAUGGAAAUGGGGCGGGAGGCAGGGCGGGGGGAGAGGGAAGCCGCGCCCGAGCUGAGGGGAACGGCGGGCGGACGCGUGUGCGGUGGUAG